UAAUGAUGAACGUUGGUCUGUUAACACGUUUGUGAGAAAAUUCGCACAAUCUAAAACGUUUAAUCAUGAUAUUGGAAAGCAAAAACUAUGAAGUAUCCAUUGCAUUCAUUGUCUUUAGAAUCAUACGUUAUCAAAUUAACUAGAACUUUAAAAUGGCAUGGCUGAUGCCAUAUCAAACUUCAAUCUUCUAUCGUAAUACCAGCGUGUCCUCAGAAUAUGUAUAUUAUAUCAUUAGUUGGGGGAGAACUGGUAAAUUAGGAGAUGAUAAAUCCAAGUUAAUAAGGCGGCGCGUUCCGGCUUUACAGUAGUCGGUAAGAUCUUCAAAAAUAUGGCCCGAUAUAGUUGAAAGCCUAAACGAUUAGCCGCCAAUUCUGUGUUGAUGUCAGUGAUUACUUUUGUUUUCUUUACAAGGACUUUUGAAGGAAAAUAUCCUGUUUUAAAUAUUGGAAAGCCAGAAUUGAUAAAGGAGAUCUUAGUGAAGGAUUUCAGCAGCUUUGUCAAUAGACGAGAUGACUUCAAUGCAGCCCUCGAAGAACCCAUGGACCAGAUGUUGACUCAACUUCAGAAUGACCACUGGAAGUUUGUUAGACGCACCCUUACGCCUGGGUUUAGUGGCCGCAAACUAAGAGGCAUGACAGAUCUAAUCAAUCUAGCCAUAGAAAGACUAUUAGAAAAGCUGAAAGACAAGGUAAACAAAGGAGAGGAUGUAGAAUUGAAAGAAUGGUUCGAGGCCUACACACUAGAGUCACUUUCCAGCACUGCAUUUGGAAUGCAGAUCGACAGUCAAAAGAACCCAGAUAAUCCCUUUCUCGUCACCAUCAAGAAGUUCAUCAAGCCAUCUAUUAAAAACUUCCUGAUCUUAAUUACUGUUUUCUAUCCGUUUACGGCCUCGCUAGUGAGGAGGAUUUCAGCCAGAAACGAUUGGUGUAAAGUGUUCACCGAUGCUGUCCUGCAGACUAUGAAACAUCGCGAGGAAAAUCCAGGGGUAAGACACUUAACAUUUAGUUUCAAAGGGAACAUCCAGUGGUAG